CAGAUAAAUUCUCUCUUUUUUGCUCUCUAUGGCUGUCUCACCCGCAUUCUCCAUAUGCCAAUGCGAGUUUUCAAGUCCUUUGCGAUUCAUUCCAAGGAAGAAAGCCAGGCCAUUGUUCUCAAAUCUACAAGAUGGUAGUGAGCAGCCAAGCAGCGAGCCAGCAGCGAUAGAGCUCGAAUUUUUGGGGGUAAAAAAGCAUCCAAACUUCAGCAAUUUCCAAGGUUUUUUUCUGUGUGUGUGUGCUGUGCAGCCCGAUGGCAAAGGGGAUGUGUUGAAAACGAGUGUCAAGAGCGGUGAGAAGGUGCUCAGGAAUGUGAUGCGCGAGAACAAGCUCGAGCUCUACGGAUUGUACGGCAAGCUGAUGAACUGUGGAGGGGGUGGCAGCUGUGGAACUUGUAUUGUGGAGAUUUUAGAGGGACAAGAGCUGCUAAGUCAGCCAACCAGUGCUGAAAAGAAGCAUCUCAAACAGAAGCCUGGUACUUGGAGGCUGGCUUGCCAAACAAUUGUUGGAGAUAAGUCUAAUGCUGGCAGGGUGGUUGUUCAGAGAUUACCACAGAAGAAGAAAUAGAUUCCAAAAGUUUCUUUCUAUAUACCUGCACAUAAAUUUCCCAUCUUUUUUCAGAAGUUGUUUGGUAGCAGCAGAAGUGAAAGGUUUUUCUUCCAGUGAGCUCGUUACAACAGCUCUGUGAUCUGCAAGCCAGUAGUGUGAAGAUCAAAGAUGAAGGUUGAGAGAAGAAACGUACGUUAAUUGGCAUUUCGUUGAUGAUCACGACACAGCCUUCCUCGAUGCUGCGAAGUGUGGAUACUUCGCCACCAACAACGAUGUUAAGCACGACACCAUCUGGAAAGAAGAGAACAAUAAUCUAUCACAAGAGAUAAACACGGAACUACCACUUACUGGA